GGGACGCUCCCGCCACUCGUAAAUUUGUUACGACGACGACGACGAUGCCUACGGCGAUCCAAACCUUGCCCGAAGAGCUCCUGCGCGAGAUCCUCAGCUAUUGCUUCCACCUUUCCCCCGACGCAUUCUGCAGCUCGCGCUCCCGCUGGCACUCGCUAGCGCGCCCGUCGGCGUACGACAAAAAGGAGAAGCGCACAUGCCAGGACCUGCUCCUCGUCUGCAAAUACUGGUUGCGCCUCGCGACGCCGCUCCUUUACACCUCGGUUGCAAUUCGCACGCCUGCACACGCCGCCGCGGUCGCCGCCCUCCUGAAAGCGACGCCGGGUCUCGGGCGCGCCCUGCGACAGCUCAAGGUCUUCGGCGGUUACGGUCGCGAUAUGGCGACCAUCGCGGGCGCGAGUCCGAACGUCGAGACGUUGUACGUGUACGUGAGCGUGAAGAGCAAUGAGAGCACGACCGGGAUCAAGAAGGCCCUGUGCGCCCUCAGCCCGAAGCGUCUCUUCCUUGAGGACCGCAGGGUGUACAGGAACAAGAAGGUCGAAGAGCUGCGCAAGCUCGUAGAUGAACAGAUCGCAACAUGGCCCCGCUUGGUAAGUCGCUAUCCCGUAAUACUUUCAUUCACGCUCUUGCUGACAUCUCCACAGAGAGAAGUACACUACAGCCCUACAUACCCGACACAAAACCCAGCAACAAUUGUUGCGCUCAGGCGCUCCACAAGCGUGCGCGAGCUGUGGCUUGAUGCGAGUGCGAUAGAGCACAUGCUCGGCAACGACGUCCAGAGCGUGCGUACGCUUAUGCAGGACGCAGCGCUCGAGAAGCUGUACUGCCUUGGCAAACCCCUUUUCUCAAGCACGGACGCUCGCAAGCGCAUGGUCGACGCGCAAUACCCACAGGCCAUCCUCGAUGCGAUUGUCUUCGAGGAAUACCCCGACAAGGACGGCCUACCCGCCCUCCCGCCUCCCGCGACCACACCAUGGGCCUUGGAUGACGACGACGACGAUGACUAUUUCUGGCCAGCAAAUAUCGACUCAGACGAAGAGGAUUUAAUGCUCGAUGAAGAGGAAGAGCUGAUGGGCCUUGCCGCGACGUCCACAACGACUGCGAUGCUUCUCAUGGCGAUGUUCAUGGCGAUGCGUUGAAUUUUGGUUAGAGAGUCUGCUGCCACAGCUACUGAGCUGUUGUGAUAUG